AUGUUUAACAUCUCUUCAAAUUCACACACCAUUUCCUCAAAAGCUUCCAACGUGGAGCUCCGAUUAGCCUCGAGUUGCCCGAAGAAGAAGGCAGGGAGGAAGAUAUUCAAGGAAACCCGCCACCCGGUGUAUAGAGGUGUGAGGAAGAGGAAUUUAGAUAAGUGGGUAUGUGAAAUGAGGGAGCCCAACAAGAAGACUAGAAUUUGGCUAGGGACUUUUCCAACGGCCGAGAUGGCGGCCCGAGCCCACGAUGUUGCUGCAAUGGCAUUGAGAGGCCGCUACGCCUGUCUCAAUUUCGCAGACUCUGUGUGGCGACUCCCUAUUCCUGCAACCUCUGAUACAAAAGAUAUACAAAAAGCCGCUACAGAAGCCGCCGAGGCUUUCAGACCAGACAAGAUUUUAAUGACUAAGGACGUUGACAACGCUGUACCGGUCAUCGUUUUACCGGCCAUUGCAAUAGAGAAGUUGAAUAUGUUUUGUAUAGAAGAGGAAGAAGGAAUGACAAACAUGCCAGAGUUAUGGAGGAAUAUGGCUCUAAUGUCCCCUGCUCAUAGUUUUGAGUAUCAAGAAUAUGAAAAUAUUGAUGUAGAAGACUAUCAAGAUGAAGAGGUAUCACUAUGGAGUUUUUAA